AUGAAGCUGUGUUAUCUCAAGGCAGCUGUUCUACUGCUAAACCAGGGGCAUCUGGUAGUCGCUGCAAUACCCUCCAACAAGACCUCGUGGCAGCAAUACGUGGUCGCUCCCCAGAAUCGAAAGAUAGUGCCAUCUUCCAUUCUUUCACAAUCCGGCAACGUCUCGAAUGCAGACGCCCUUGUUUCUGGAAACGGAGUGACGCGACUGAGCCGUGCGGAUGUCCAGACCACGUUCCCCUCCUGGCCAUCGGGGACAACUGCAAAUGCCUCGUCGGAAGCAGCACCGAAUACUGACAAUGGUGUGCCCCGAACGUACUACGCCAGUAAUGCCAUUGAUGGUAAUCUGACUACCUUCUGGAAUGACAAUACGCCUGCCCAAUACCCUGAUACUCUGACCAUCACGAGCCCGACCCAAGUAACUCUAGACGGCGUGACGCUGGAGAGCAGUACAGAUGGCGUCCCAGUCGAUUUCAUCAUCGAGACAUGGGAUGGCUCAAACUGGACCGAGGCUGGCUCAAUCACUGGCAACAACGCUACCCGAUGCAGAGUGCCCUUUAGCCAGAACAUUACGACCAACCAGGUCCGGUUGACGGUUACCCAAGACCAGGCGGGUUCAAAGGGGGAAUACACGCGAGUCACGGAGCUCUGGCCAGCAUUGGUCGCUGACGAUUCUGCAGUUCCCGAAAUAGUGCUAGACUUUGGCAAGAACGUGGUGGGCUUCCUUCAGAUCGACUUUGCAAGUGGAUCAAACAAUGCCCCUGGUAUUCAACUUGCGUUUUCCGAGACUCUUCAAUAUCUCACCAGCGUGUCUGACUUCUCUCGAUCGGACAAUGGGGACACAAUUACGCCUGGCACUGAUCAAAUCGCCGUUCCUGCCGCGCCUCUAAACUGGACUGACACUUAUGGCUGCACAUACAACGGCAACCAAGUCUGUGCAGACGGCAUACAUGGAUUUAGAUAUCUGAAAAUCAGUCUCAAUGCCUUAUCCUCCGACGCACCAUAUACCAGCCCCUCAGGCUUCGUCGACAUCAAUUCAGUGUCUCUAAAUUUCACCGCCUACCUAGGCACCUUGUCCAGCUACAGCGGCUGGUUCGAAUGUUCAGACCAACAACUAAACGAAUUCUGGUAUGAUGCCGCAUACACCAACGAAAUGGUCAUCGACACUUUUCUCGCCGACACAGUCGAUCCCAGAAACUCCGCAAGUCCAAGCCUUCUUGGGAAACAGGUCAUUUUCGAUGGAGCGAAACGAGAUCGGGAUCCUUACGUAGGCGACAUUGCUGUCUCCGGACGAACAGCCUAUCUGACGCACCAAGACGCGAGCAAUGCGAUGCUGAACGUCCUUGCCGAUCUCGCCGAGCACCAGUCCAGCAACGGCUGGAUUCCUCCGGCGAGUAUCAACAACUAUACUCUCCCCUUAUUCGACUACCCCUUUUGGUGGGUGACCAGCACCUGGGACUACAUCCUCUAUACUGGAGACAUCGCACAGGUCACCUCUUAUUAUCCCAACCUGCAAAGCGUGCUGGAUACCUGGGCGCCAUCCGUAACCGACAACACGACCGGUCUCCUCAGCAAGCCCAGCUCAUACGGCGACUACGCCUUCCUAUCCAGGUCUGGAAUCGUCACAUACUACAACACCCUAUACGUUCUCGCCCUCUCGAGCGCAGCCAAUCUCGCAAAUGCACUCAACCAAUCAAGCGAUGCAUCCCGCUGGCAGCAACGCGCCGACGCAGUCUCGCAAGCCAUCAACGAAAACCUCUGGGACUCCGCCUCCGGCGCGUACCUCGACGACUCGACCGUCUCAACCCGCCACGGGCAAGACGGGAAUGGCAUCGCAGUGCUUUCCGGCGUCGCCAACAACACCCGCGCCCAAUCCGCACUCGAUUAUCUGGCGAAUAAAACCGCCUUGGCGUAUGGAAACGCUUUUAUGGAUGAUGACUCUCUAGUAUCCGACGGCUCGUCGCGAGUGUAUGCCUUUACAUCUUACUUCGACAUCCAGGCGCGCUUCCUCACCGGAAACGCGGAUUCAGCGUUAGACGAGAUCCGGCGGUUGUAUGGAUGGAUGGCGCAGUCUGAUCCGGGGGUUACGUUUUGGGAGGGCAUUGGGGCGAACGGGUCAGCGUACGAGGGCGCGUUUACGUCCAAGGCGCACGGCUGGUCGACGGGGGUACUUCCGGCGCUGACGAAUUAUGUUCUUGGUCUGAUGCCCACGGGCCCAGGAUAUCAGCAUUUCUCAAUUGCGCCGUCGUUCCCGAAGGAUGUCAGCUGGGCGAGGGGGCAGGAGGCUACGCGGUAUGGAGUGGUGUAUGUUGAAUGGAGUAUGGAGAAUGGCACGGCGACGGUUUCGUUUACGGCACCGAAUGGGACUGUGGCGGAUGUCACGGUUCCGAAAGGGAGCGAGGUCGUGCUGGAUGGGACGGUUGUGUGGUCGGUUGAUAAUCAGACUGUGUCUGGUGUGCCGGUGCAGGAGAAUGCAGACUCGAUUACGGUCAGUGAUGUGUCGUCGGGUCAGCAUACGGUGGUGUCGGAGUGA